UUGAGGUUUCCUACAUCAUACAUUUGGCCGGUAGCUUAUAUUUCGCUUGGGCCUACUGUGCAUUUUAUGAUCUCAUUCUACUUUUCUGUCAUUCCAUGUUUAUAUCACUGAGAGCUAGAUAUCUUAAUGUGGCCAUCAUGAAAACCACCAAAAUGAGACUGGAUCAUAUUCCUACCACAUUGUUCAGCAGGAUAUUUUGGCGAAAAACAUAUGACAAUCAAAUACAACCCCUGAAGGAUAAUGAAACAUUUUUGAGAGCACUUAAGUUGAUCCUUUAUCAAUUUCAUUGUUUUCAAAAGUCUUACAAUUUUAUAAUUUUUAUUGGAGUGACGACCAUUGUAGUAGGAUCUUUAUUUACUGUACAGGGAAUUAUAGCGUACGAUGAAAUGGUCUUGUCUAUGUUGGAAGAAACUGUUGUCUCCCCUGAAAAAAUUGAUGUCUCACCUAGGGGGACCCCCCUAGCUGCAUCGAGUAAGGCACAUGCGGUAUUAAAAGUACCGCACCCGAAUAGUCCCCGAAUAACCAAGGACGCCGAAAGACCAGACAGAAUAAAAGUAGAUACGCAGGAGACCCCGAAGAAAAUAGAACUCAGGUGCAGCAAAACACACACAGCGAAAUCAAGUCAGCGUUGCGCGCUCGCUCCGAUUUAUAGAGAUGGAUCGAGUAUUCUCUUUUAA